AGUGCAGGCGGGAGGGACUCAGGGGUGUGUGUGUGUGCGGCGAGUGCCUGCCUGUAGGUGGCUCCGGCCAAGCCAGCCCCGCCCCAGGAGGAGGCUGAACAUUAGUCCUGCAUGAGGGUGUCUGGGAACAGGGUGCGCCACGGGGGCCCUACCUCACUCCUCCCUCUCACAUUGCCGAUCGAGUCAGCCCCACGGCGGCAGCACCACGACCGACCGGGAUCCUCGAGGUGCCAGCCCAUGGCCGAGACUGCCCUCCUCCCCGCCGCCCAGAUGGAGAGGCUGGCCCCAGGGCCCCUAGCCUCACCGUGUCCUCGGAUCCCGCGGGCCCGCAUUGCCAGGCGCUGCGCCCAGCGCUGGGCCGACCUGGGCUGCAGCUCUGGCCCCUCCUCAGGCCGAAUGGAUCAGCUUCCCCAGAAGAAUCUCCUGCGACUACACCCUGCUGGCUCUGCUGGCUGUUCCACUGGAGUGGAGAGCUCCAGCAUGGAUGGUUUUUGGAUGGAGGUGGAACAGAUCCAACAGAGAGAUGAGCUGAGGGAAGAGGACAGUGGUGGGAAUGAAGGCCAGCUUCCAGAGGAAGGGGAAGCUGAAUCCCAGUGGCUGCAGGACACAGGCCUGUCGGGCCUCCUUGGUGGCCUGGGCUUGGAUGGUGAUCACCAGGAGCUCCUGUCCACCCUGACACAGACCCAGGUGUCCGCUGUGUGCCGCCGGCUGGACAUCUAUGCUCGCUCAGUGCGAAGACAACACAAGACACCUGUCAGAGAUGUCAGGGAUGUCUUUGGGGUCUUCAAUUCAGGGAAAAUGUCAUCAGAGAAUGGGGACUCCGGUAUGAAGGGGGCCCAGCUCAGUUCCAGGGCCUCUAAGUCUCCUCCAGCAGCAGAGCCUGGGGGGCUGCAGGAGCAGGCUGGGAGGGAAGAAGCCUUCAACAUGGACUCUGCCUACUCAGAACAAGCUGCGGUGCUCCUGCAGAGGGGCAGGCCAUCCCGGGGAGGCACCUCUGCCUGGGGCAAGGGUUCCCUGCCGAAGUUUACCGUCCCCAAAGGCAGACUUGGCGUGACGAGGAUAGGAGACUUGUCCCUGCAGGAUAUGAGGAAGGUACCUUCUCUGGCCCUCAUAGAGCUGACCGCGCUCUGUGACAUCCUCGGCUUGGACCUGAAGAGGAGCAAGGCGGGGAAGUGGAAAGCGGCAGAAACUCGCCUCUUUGGUGUGCCCCUGGACAGCCUGCUAGAAGCUGACCACAAAGUCCUCCCCAGCACACAGGUCCCACUGGUCCUUCAAGCCCUGCUGUCCUGUUUGGAAAAGAGAGGACUGGACAUGGAAGGCAUUCUCAGGGUGCCCGGAUCCCAGGCCAGGGUCAAGGGGCUGGAACAGAAACUGGAGAGAGACUUCUAUGCUGGCCUUUUUAGCUGGGACGAGGUUCAUCACAAUGACGCCUCUGAUUUGCUCAAAAGGUUCAUCCGGAAGCUGCCGACACCUUUGCUCACAGCUGAGUACCUCCCGGCCUUCGCCGUGGUGCCUAACAUCCCCAACCUGAAGCAGCGCCUGCAGGUUCUUCACCUGCUCAUCCUCAUCCUCCCAGAACCCAACAGAAAUGCCUUAAAGGCACUGCUGGAAUUCCUCAGGAAGGUGGUGGCCCGGGAACAGCACAACAAGAUGACUCUGAGGAAUGUUUCCACCGUGAUGGCCCCUAACCUCUUUCUGCACCAAGGGCGGCCCCCCAAGCUCCCCAAAGGCAAGGAGAAGCAGCUGGCAGAAGGGGCAGCCGAGGUGGUGCAGAUAAUGGUGCACUACCAGGAUCUGCUGUGGACGGUCGCCUCUUUCCUGGUCGCCCAGGUGCGAAAACUGAACGACAGUAGAAGCAGGCGCCCCCAGCUCUGCGACGCAGGCCUCAAGACUUGGCUGCGGAGGAUGCACGCAGACAGGGACAAGGCGGGGGACGGCCUCGAGGCGACUCCCAAGGUGGCAAAGAUCCAGGUGGUCUGGCCUAUCAAGGACCCCUUGAAGGUGCCUCUCACCCCCAGCACCAAAGUGGCCCACGUCCUGAGGCAGUUCACAGAGCACCUCAGCCCUGGUUCCAAGGGUCAAGAAGACAGUGAGGACAUGGACAGCCUCCUUCUACACCACAGGUCCAUGGAAUCAGCCAACAUCCUCCUCUAUGAAGUUGGAGGGAAUAUCAAUGAGCAUCGCCUGGACCCAGAUGCCUACCUCUUAGAUCUGUACCGUGCCAACCCGCAUGGCAAAAUUGUUUCGAAAGUGGCCCUACAAUGUGUAGUAGCAGCAGCACCAGAGACAAAACCAGGAGAGCUCUGUGACCUUGGACAAGCCCCUUGCCCUCUCAGAAUCCUUUCAGGAUGAGGGGCUAAGGCCUCAGGGAGAGGAAGCCAACAUUGUAGUCAUGACCAGUCCCGGGAGAAAUGGACAGAGGAAGACUUUGCUUCACAGCUCUCAUGCCUUACAUGUUGAUUUGUACAAUCUUGUCAUUUUGUAAUAUGAUAUAAUAUGUAAAUGUAAUUGUUUAAACAGUAAACGCACAAUAAGUUCAAUGUCA